UUCCUCUGUUUUCUUUCUGUGGGUGUCCAGUCUCUGGGUUAGGGUUUUUGGGUUUAUUUUUAUCGGUUUGGUCGCCUGGGUAUCCUUUAUUUCUAUUAAAAUUUAACCCCCUUGGAUUAUUAAAUUAUUAGAGAAAUAAUAGCUUAUUUUAGUUAGGACAUAUAUUUUCAGUUGGAUGGCUCGGUUAAUUCAUCCUUGCAGAAGUUCGUGUUUGGCUAGGACCAGUCUUUUGGGUUUGAUCUCCUCUGCUCCUCUUCCAGCUAGAAGCCAUUUUAGUCCCUUUUGGAAUUCAUCAAGAAAUCUCUUCCAAUAUAAGCGUUUUCAUGUAAAGGUUGCUUAUCAAAGAGAUUUCCAGUUUCCAUAUCACCCUAUAUCGAGGGCUAAGCACACAAGCCAGAAGCUUAUUUGUUCACUUGCUACAAGCACUUUAAUAAAACAAACCGAAGAAUCCAAAAUGGAUGCACGGAAAGAGAUCUUUUUGAAGAAUUACAAGUUGCCUGAUUACUACUUUGAUACGGUGGAUCUGAAAUUUUCCCUAGGUGAGGAGAAAACAAUUGUUAGUUCAAAAAUAUCUGUCUUCCCCCGUGAUGAAGGCUCUUCUUCACCACUGGUUUUGGAUGGGCAAGAUCUGAAGCUAAUAUCUAUCAAGGUUGAUGGGAAGGAACUAAAGGAGGAAGAUUACCAAUUAGACUCGCGCCAUUUGACACUCUCAUCACCACCAAGUGGUACUUUUGCCUUGGAAAUUAUUACUGAGAUAUACCCUCAGAAGAACACAUCAUUAGAGGGGCUUUAUAGAUCCUCCGGGAAUUUCUGCACACAAUGUGAAGCAGAAGGUUUCCGCAAAAUUACGUUUUAUCAGGAUCGCCCUGAUAUUAUGGCAAAAUACACAUGUCACAUUGAAGCUGAUAAGUCAUUAUACCCAGUACUGUUGUCAAAUGGAAAUCUCAUAGAACAAGGAGAUCUUGAGGGAGGUAGGCAUUAUGCCUUGUGGGAGGACCCCUUCAAGAAACCUUGCUACUUGUUUGCUUUGGUUGCUGGACGGUUAGAAAGCAGAAAUGAUGUUUUUGUCACCCGUUCGGGUAGGCAAGUGUCUCUUAGGAUCUGGACACCAGCACAAGAUCUGCCCAAGACGGCUCAUGCCAUGUAUUCGCUGAAGGCUGCCAUGAAGUGGGAUGAAGAUGUGUUUGGUCUUGAGUAUGACCUGGAUCUCUUCAAUAUAGUUGCCGUUCCCGAUUUUAACAUGGGAGCCAUGGAGAACAAAAGUUUGAAUAUUUUCAAUUCUAAGCUUGUUUUGGCGUCCCCAGAAACUGCAUCAGAUGCGGAUUAUGCUGCAAUUCUGGGAGUUAUUGGCCAUGAGUAUUUUCACAACUGGACCGGAAACAGGUUAGCUUAUAUUCUGACAAAGUUCUUUGAAUUUUCGUCUGAUAUGGGAAGUCGUACUGUAAAGCGGAUUGCUGAUGUCUCAAAGCUUCGAAGUUAUCAGUUUCCACAGGAUGCGGGUCCUAUGGCUCAUCCUGUUCGUCCACAUUCUUACAUCAAGAUGGACAACUUCUACACAGUGACGGUUUAUGAGAAGGGAGCUGAAGUUGUCAGGAUGUACAAAACUCUAUUGGGGAGUCAAGGAUUCCGAAAAGGCAUGGAUCUCUAUUUUAAGAGGCAUGAUGGACAAGCUGUAACUUGUGAAGAUUUUUUUGCUGCUAUGCGAGAUGCAAAUGAUGCAGAUUUUGCCAAUUUCUUGCUAUGGUACUCACAAGCUGGGACUCCUUCUCUGAAAGUAACCUCAUCCUAUGAUGCCGAAGCUCAUACAUUCUCUUUGAGGUUCAGUCAAAAUGUACCGCCUACUCCUGGACAACCAGUUAAAGAACCCAUGUUCAUUCCUGUAGCGGUUGGUCUGCUGGACUCAAAUGGCAAGGAAAUGCCUCUUUCCUCUGUAUAUCACGCUGGUAAACUACAGUCUGUUGCUAACAACAAUCAGCCAGUCUACAGUACAGUACUACGAGUCACCAAGAAAGAAGAAGAAUUUGUAUUCUCAGAUGUUGUUGAGAGACCUGUUCCAUCCAUCCUGCGGGGUUAUAGUGCUCCUAUUCGCCUUGAAACUGAUUUGUCAGAUAAUGAUCUGUUUUUCCUCCUGGCUCAUGAUUCAGAUGAGUUCAACCGUUGGGAGGCGGGACAGGUCCUGGCAAGGAAGUUGAUGCUCAGCUUAGUGGCUGAUUUCCAGCAAGGUAAACCAUUGGUUCUGAAUCCGAAGUUUGUGCAAGGUCUCAGAAGCAUACUCUGUGAUUCAAGUUUGGAUAAAGAAUUCAUUGCAAAAGCAAUUACACCGCCUGGUGAAGGAGAGAUAAUGGACAUGAUGGAAGUUGCUGAUCCUGAUGCUGUCCAUGCUGUUCGCACUUUUAUUAGAAAGCAGCUUGCCUCUGAGAUGAAAGCAGACCUUCUAACAACAGUUGUAAACAAUAGGAGCACAGAAGACUAUGUAUUUAACCACCCUAAUAUGGCAAGGCGUGCUCUAAAGAAUAUCGCUCUUGCGUAUCUCGUGUCACUCGGAGAUCCAGAAUGUACUGAGCUUGCUUUGCACGAGUACAGGACUGCUACAAAUAUGACGGAGCAAUUUGCAGCUUUGGCAGCCAUUGCCCAGAAUCCCGGUAAAACUCGUGAUGAUGUUCUAGCUGACUUCUAUAGCAAGUGGCAGCAUGACUUCUUGGUUGUCAAUAAAUGGUUUUCCCUUCAAGCCAUGUCCAACAUCCCUGGCAAUGUUGAGAAUGUCAGAAACCUCUUAAAGCAUCCAGCAUUUGACCUGCGUAAUCCAAACAAGGUGUACUCGCUGAUUGGAGGAUUUUGUGGUUCUCCUGUGAAUUUCCAUGCCAAGGAUGGAUCAGGCUACAAGUUCUUGGGAGAAUUGGUUGUGCAACUAGACAAACUAAAUCCUCAGGUGGCGUCGCGCAUGGUGUCAGCCUUCUCCAGAUGGAAACGCUAUGAUAAAACCCGUCAAACGCUUGCAAAGGCACAGCUGGAAAUGAUAAUGUCUAGCAAUGGACUGUCAGAGAAUGUGUUUGAGAUUGCUUCGAAAAGCUUGGCUGCUUAAAUAACAUCCUUGCUCGCCUGUCACUCGGUUUUGUUUGGUGGCACAACUUGCAGGAUCACAACAUCAUUGCCUAUCGCAAAAAUGCAUGUUCUGCUCUUUAUCUCCAUGAGCAUGUAAUGAUAAUAAAUCACUGCUGCUGCUGUUGGUUCCGGAACUUGGUAGAUUAUGGCUAUGCUUUGGAUAUAUAAGCCCUUUAAUUAUACAUAUUAAAUUAUAUCAGAGGUGGGUUUUUAUUGCAACAGGCA